UCAAAUUCCCACUUACUACUUCCCUAGGAAAGCAAGUUCUAUUCACUCCAGUGGUUUUUCUACUUCUGGUUUGGCAGAUGGCAAAGGGUGGUACAAUCAACACUUACGAAGAGGCCAGAAAACAAAGACUUGAAGAAAACAAGAAGAGGUUUGAGGAUUUGGGAAUUUCAAAGAUUUCAAAAAAUUUGACUGAGAUCACAAGUUCUGCAAAGAAGUCAGGGCAUCAUGUUCAUAAACUGAAAUCAAAGAAGUCAAAUGGGGAAGUGGAACCUAGGCGAUCUUCUCGUGUGCGGAACCCAGUUCCUUCAUACAGGGAAGAUGUGAGUAUACACUUUCCAGCUUUGCGGAAGAGAUCAAUAUCUUCAACACGGGGAAGUUACACUGCGAGGCCUUUAGAUGAAAUCAAAGAAGCUACAGAAGAGGAAAGACUUUAUGCUCUGGAGGCUGCAGAGGCACUCCAAAUCAAUUUGAACUCUUCAAAUCCCUCAUUUAUCAAGUCGAUGCUUUGGUCUCACGUUUAUAAGGGCUUUUGGUUGGGUCUUCCUUCUAAAUUUUGUGAGGAACAUUUUCCAAAAACUGUGUGUGACAUGGUUUUAGAAGAUGAAAACGGCUCAGAAUACAAGGCUGUUUACAUAGGCAACAAAAGUGGACUUAGCGGUGGUUGGAGAGCAUUUGCAUUGGAUCAUAAACUGGAUGAUGGAGAUGCCCUUGUUUUUGAAUUGAUUGAACCAUCGAGAUUUAAGAUGGCAAAGCGUCGCACAAACAACACUUACGAAGAUGCUAGAAAACAGAGACUUGAAGAAAAUAAAAAGAGGUUUGAGGAUUUGGGAAUUUUAAGGAUUUCAAAAAAUCUGACCGAGAUCACAAGUUCCGCAAAGAAGACACGGCAUCAUGUUCCUAAACUAAAAUCAAAGAAAUCAAAUACUGAAGUGGAACCUAGGCGAUCUUCUCGUGUGCGGAACCCAGUUCCUUCUUACAGGGAAGAUGUGAGUGAAUACCUUCCAUCUUUGAGGAAGAGGUCAAGAUCAAAUUCUUCAACAUGGGGAAGUUACAUUGCGAGGCCUUUAGAUGAAAUCAAAGAAGCCUCAAAAGAGGAAAGACUUUGUGCUCUGGAGGCUGCAGAAGAACUCCAAAUCAAUUUGAACUCUUCAAAUCCCUCAUUUAUCAAGUCAAUGGUUCGGUCUCACGUUUAUAGCUGCUUUUGGUUGGGUCUUCCUUCUAAGUUUUGUGAGGAACAUCUUCCAAAAACUGUACAUGACAUAGUUUUAGAAGAUGAAAAUGGUUCAGAAUACCAGACUGUUUACAUAGGCAACAGAGCUGGAUUAAGCGGAGGCUGGAGAGCAUUUGCAUUGGAUCAUAAACUGGAUGAUGGAGAUGCCCUUGUUUUUGAAUUGAUUGAACCAUCGAGAUUUAAGAUUUAUAUUGUUAGAGCUUUUCCAAGUUUAGUUGAAGAAAAGGGAAAUGAUAUUUUAGUUGAAGAAGGAAAUAAGCAUGCAACCAAAGUACCGAAAACUAAAUGUAAUCUUGAGUCAGAAUCCAAGACUAAAAAUAAAAAGCCAAGACAGGAAAAAUAUGAAACUAGUGAAUCAGAGAGUUCUCAGGAGCAUAUUGACAAAGAAGUCAAGCCACAGGGUGCAAAUCCAUUGAAGCAAACUAAAAUCUCUAAGAAAAAAACGCAAAAGAAAUCAAUACUUUUGGCUACUACAGAUUCGAAAGGGAAAGUGCAAUUGAAAACUGAAGAACCAAUGUUGUCUCUAGUGCUGUCAAAGAAGACAAGGAAGUCAAAGGGUAUCAAUGGAAUUGAUGACUCAGGCAAGUUAGAGAAGAAAAUUUGUGUUCAUGAUGCUGAUAGCAAGUUGGAAAAGGUUGAAGAAGCAAGCAAAUGUGUGGUACAGACAGCUAGAAAAAAAUCAGCUCCAAAGUAUUUCAGAAAGAAAGCAUAAUGUUGGAGCUUAUGACUAGUAAAAAUUGUUGUAAAAAACAUACAUGUAUGGAGUGUAUUAUGAUAACUUCUAUUGUAUGUUUGUCUUUUUUCCCUGUAAAGGAAGUUGAUGAAAACUGUUUUACUCUUUUUUUGUACUAAACGCCAGUUCAGGAUUUAUCAAAAUGUUGCUCCAAAUAUUUAUGCAUUAACCCUGAAUCCUAAUAGUAAAAUAGUUUAUGCUUAACCCUGAAUCCUAACACGACAUUGUCAUGAGAGUUGCUAGUUUGCAUCAAUUCACAACUAUGAUACAGACACCACAAAUGAGCUUCAGCUGGAACUAGCAAUUGGGAUCACAUUCCUUGAGCUUUCAAGAGCAAAGCACAUGUGAUAAACAUGAUUUGUUGUCUGGAUCAAGAUUCAAGAAGCCCUUGCAUUAAAGAAGGCGAGGAGUGAGUUUCACUGGAAUCACUAUAAUUGGGAGACAUUUGU